CAGCCAUGGCAUCCGCAGGCAGCAGGAAGAAGAGCCCCGGCCUCCUGGAUCAGAUUGGGAAGUUCUUUGAAGGGGACAAGAAGAGGAAGAGCAAGGGAUCUUUCCGAGGUGCUCUCUCUCCAGGCCCUCAGAAAGCCUCUGCGACUGCCCCACGUAAGCACGGAGCAGAGAACGCCGUGGUCCACUUCUUCCGCACGAUCGGCGACCAGAAGUCACAGUCUGCUAAAGCCAAGAAGGCCAGUGCAGGGGACGGCAAAGGCUCCCUGACUAGGAUCUUCAAAAUGGGAAGCAGGAGUGCUUCUCCAGCCAAACGCUGAAGUCCCUCUCUACGACCCCUUUCAACAGCACGAGGGGAGACGUUCAACAUCACAGGGCUAAAGUGUUGAAAAAGAGGAAAAAAAGAAAAGGAGGAAAA